UUAAAUCCCACAACACAACACGCAGUGUUUUUCACGGGUCCGCCGGCGACUUCUUGGUAUAAAAUUUAAUCUCAUUCUAAUUCACAAUGUCGGUCACAGAAACAGUCACUAGAAACCAAGCAACCACGCAGCAAAAAUGUCUUCAAGUGGCAAACCAACAAUCAGACCCGCUCGCGAACUUCCCGGAGUAUUUGUCGUACAAGUGCAAGCGUGAAGAUGGAACAGAAUUGCAGCUAGCUUUAAAAUGCAAGAGGAAAGCGGAAACGGACCCGAAAGUAAUAAAAUGGGCUUUCAAACUGGCCGAGCGCAACGUGGGCCCGCAAUACCGAGCGUGCAGUUUAGGAUGGCAACCCAAGAUCAAGCAGGCGGACUUGAACAAAGCAUGGGCUCGCUAUCUUGUAGCUACGGAAGUGGCCACCAAGAAGCCGAUUGCUUACACCAUGUUUCGGUUUGAUCUCGACUAUGGUCGCAGUGUGCUAUACUGCUACGAGCUGCAGGUGGAAAGUGAAUACCAGCGCAAAGGAUUAGGAGCAUUCAUGAUGAAAGCGUUGGAACGGAUGGCUCAACAUUUCUCCAUGGAGCGGGUGGUGCUGACGGUGCUUAAGAACAACGAGGAUGGUAUGAGAUUUUACCACCGACUAGGAUACGAAGUUGAUGAAAUGUCUCCUGGAAAGGAAGAGAACGCUGCCUACGAAAUAAUGAGCAAAUCAAUGAUGUAACUAUCAGGGUUCUUUGACAAAAUAAAUGUUCUCGUAAGACUGACUCUAAGU